GGGUACUUUGGUCAUGGCUAGACGGUAUCCAGCUUAAAUACAUUGAUUUGACAAAAGCUAACACUUUUUUAUUAACCUUAACGCAAUUCUCCUAACCUGCUGCACAAAUUCUAACCUGCUACGACCAUGUACUUAUUAUACUUGUGAGGAGCUUUGUGUCACAUGAAAAUAAUUCCUCCAUGAAACCACAAAUAACACUAAUCUAACGUUAGGUUUAUGAUUUGAGAAAUAUGAAGAACAUUUUAAAAGUUUUUUCCGAUAUUAAAAUAAUCCCUUUGAUUUAAAAUAAGUACAUUUUAUGAAUCUAGGAAACAAAGCUGUGGGUGGCUAUGAAGAUUGAUAGCCUUUGUUUCAGGGGGAUAUAAUAUGCAGUCGGAACAUCAACAAGCAUGGAUGGAAAGGGAGAGCUAGCUCCACGUAUCUGAAAUCUGUCACGUUUUACACUUCUAAUCAAAGCUGGUCAACAAGGUAAUUUUAAUUAAUCAAUCGGUAAUGUUAAGUAUACACUGCCAGUAUUUUUUUCGCAUGCGCUGAAACAACCUUACAUCUCUGCGCCACUACAUCCAAUGUUUAUCUUCUUGUAAACAUUUGGUCUGUAUCCGAGUUGUGUUUCGUCCUAAUUUUUAACAGAGGUGCUUUGAAAUGGAGCCACAACCCAAACGCAGAAAAGAAUAUGAGUGUGACAUCGACUCCUGGGUUGCUUACCCUGUGCUGUCCAACGAGCAGUCACAAGACAUUGAGCUAAUCGAGGCCUUUGCAGCUCCCAUCAUCAACAAGAAAGAAACCUCUCGUUUGAUCAAGGAGUUGGCCAAAGUAUACCCAUUACCUGGACUUCAGCACAUCAAGAGAGUACGGUCAUGCAAGGAUAAGGGCAGCCCUCACCCUCUGGAGGUCAUUGUAUGCCUUGCCAGUGAUGCACAAGUCAUUGACCGCAGUGAGGAGCUGCACAUAUCUGAUCUGUCGUCCUCCAGUAGAUUAAACUGUGAAGGUCUAGGAGACCCUUUCCUGGUCAAGAUACCAGCAUGCCCUCCUUUGACCAGACCACAGUUUGAGCAGGCCAGCAAACACUGGCCCACCUCCUUUCACGAGGACAAACAGGUGACUGUGGCCCUGAGGGGCCAGCUGUUCACCUCUUCUCAGAAAUCAAAGAUGCAGGAGUACAUGAUGGCUGCUGUGGCUGCAGCCAGAGCGGGGCAGGAUUGUGGCAUGGAGGCUGUGGGGGCUGCGGUCGUUGACCCAGAGGCAGAGAGGAUCCUCGCUGUGGGACAUGACUGCCGGCAAGGCGGUCACCCACUUCAUCACGCCAUCAUGGUCUGCAUUGACCUUGUGGCACGUGGGCAGGGGGGUGGGGCCUACACCUAUGACAAGUACCUCGCCUGCCAGUCUGUUUUGCCCUAUUCCUCACCCUCUCAAAAACAGGGCGCCACCACCAUGACAACCUGUGGGGUUGUGCAGGAUGGGGACAGUGCAGAGGAGAGCGGUGAGCCAUACAUCUGCACCGGGUACGACUUGUAUGUUACUCGAGAGCCUUGUGUUAUGUGUGCCAUGGCGCUAGUCCAUUCUAGGAUAGGCAGAGUCUUCUAUGGAACAUCCUCUAUCGAUGGGGCAUUUGGGACUAAAUAUAAAAUCCACGCUCAAAAAGAUCUGAAUCACCGCUUUGAAGUUUUCAAAGGAGUCUUGGACCAACAGUGUUCAGACCUUAACAGGCCAGUACACUAUAUCAAAAUGAAUUCUUAAAAAAGGUUCACAAUUGUUACAGGAACGCUAGACCAUUAUAAACGGAUGAAUCUCGUGUCAGACUACUUGGCACACGCGGUUGAUGAAUGAGACUAGAUCAAUGUGUGAAUUACAUAGGUAACAUUUUACCUUCUAGAAGAUUUUGGAUUACAUAAACACAUUUUAAUGUUUUACUUUGUUACUGUGUAAAAUUCAAUGCAAUAAAGUUUUGGCCACUUUGUGACA